AUGGCAGAGAGCAGGAUCAUCAGACACAUUAUCGAUGGCACAAACCAGGAUGGCUUUAUUCAAAGAGCCAUCAAUGCUUCCAACGCCUAUGCCAGCAUCAUUGAGGCGGUGAAGAAUGCGGAGGAGGCAGCCAGCAAAGCCAUCCAUGCUGCUGAUGAAGCUUUGAAGAACGUCCUCAAACAUAAACUUGGAGACAAAGCAAAAGAGAUGAAGAAAGACAGCAAUGCUUUAGAAGAGGCUGUGAAGGAAGAGCAAAGGAAGCUCAGCGGAGUCAAGGGAGCAUUGGAGGCAGCCAAAAACAAAUUGGCUGGCACCCAAACCAAGAAGGAGCAACUUCUAAACCAGCUGAACUCCGCGAAGAACAAGUUGGGCAUGGUCCAUGACGAUGCAUCGGAGAAAAUCCAGAAGGCCAAAGACGCAGCCUUAAAGGCCAACGAGACAGUGGCCACGGUGGAAGGAAAACUGAGUGACAUGAAGAAAAACGUGGACGAAUGGAAAAAACAGUAUGGAGAUCUAAGAAGUGAAGAUUUAAAUCAAGCUACCCGUGAUGUCAAGAAUACUGUCUCGAGUCUUGAAAGCACCCUCCCAGUCCUCCUGGGAAAGCUGACCAGCCUGGAAAACAGAAGAAGCCACAAUGCAACUGUUUUGGACAAUAUCCUGCGGGUGCGCCAACUGAUCUCAUUGGCCCGGAAUGCUGUCAGUAAGAUUAAAGUUCCGGUGAAGUUCAAUGGCACUUCCGGUGUGCAAAUCCGGACUCCUAGCAAUCUCCAGGAUUUAGCUGCCUACACAUCCCUCAAAUUCUAUAUUCAGAACCCGGACUCCAAAAAGAGAGACCAACCAGAGAAUGAGUCUACACGCUUCGUGUUGUACCUGGGACAAAAGGAUGCCACUGGGGACUACAUGGGCCUCAUCCUUAAAGACCACAAAGUGGAAUGGAUCUACAAACUAGGAGGCAAUGAAACAACACAUUUGAUGGUUGAUGAAGAAAUUGGAGAACAGUUUGCUGCUGUCAGCAUCAACAGGAUCUUGCAGUACGGACACAUGUCUGUGACGGUGGAGAAGCAAACCUUACAUGAGACCAAGGGCGACAGUGUUGCCAAAGGAGAACAUGGACUGUUCAACUUCAAGCCCCAUAAUACGAUUUUUUAUGUAGGUGGCUACCCUUCCAGCUUCACGCCUCCUCCACCUCUGCGCUAUCCUAACUACCGAGGCUGUAUAGAGAUGGAUUCCCUUAAUGAAGAGGUGAUGAGCUUAUACAAUUUCCAGCGCACGUUCCACCUCGACACCGUUGCGGAGAGGCCUUGCACAAGAUCUAAAUCAACGGGUGAUCCCUGGCUGACCGAUGGCUCCUAUUUUGAUGGGACUGGAUACGCGGAAAUUACCUUUGAGAGCCAGCUGGGAUCGAUCAAACGCUUUGAGCAGGAGAUGCGGUUGGUGUCCUACCACGGGAUCAUUUUCUUCUUGAAACACCAGAAUCAGCUGCUGUGUUUGACUGUUCGAGACGGGAAGCUGGUGCUGUAUUAUGACUUUGGUGGAGGCCUGAACACGUCCCCUCCAAAGGAUGGGGCCAACCUGGUGGUUAGCAACAACGCAAACAAAGCGGAUGGGAGCUGCCAGGUUUCCUUGCAAGAUGGCCGCGUGGCUGUCAAUGUCCUGUCCACAAAGCUUACCACCAAGAAUGCCUACGCUGAUGAUACCAGCCACUACGUGGCGAUCUACAGCGAUUCUGCAGGGGUCCGGAUGUAUGUAGACGAUCAGCUUCAGGAAUCCACGGCAGGGCCGAAUCGGGAGAGGAGGCAAAAGCGUGAAGCCGAGUUGGGCGUUUUUCACCUGGGUGGUUUGCCCAGCCCCAGCGACAUUGGCAACCUUACGGGCUGCAUUAGCAAUGUCUUCAUCAAGAGGAGAUUGGAAGCCCAGGCAGUUGUGGAUAUGCAGCAGAGCACCGAGAGUUUUAAUGUGACCAUGAACUGCCCCCGAGAUCGGCAACCCCAGCAGAUGAGAGCGCCAGAAAAGAAGAGCAGGUGGAAACCGAAGGUUUCAUUUCUCCAUGGAGUUGAGAUUGAACUCCUCCAGUGGCCUGCUGUUCUACAUGGCUAAUGAAUCCCUGGGCUCCUCCUUCUCCCUUUUUGUCUCCAACGGACGAUUGGUGCUUUUGGCUGAUACCCACCGACAUAAACUGAGGCUCCGGACCAAAGAAAAGUACCACGAUGGAAGAUGGCACACGGAUGCUUCUGCUACCAGCUUUAAGGGCUGUCUCAGGCACCUGAAACUGGACAAGAAGCCUCUGAAUUCACCCUCCCGUGUGUUCGCUGUGACCCCUUGUUAUGUGGGUCCUUUGGAAACUGGCGUUUUUUUCUCCAUUGAAGGAGGAUACAUCACACUAGAUGGGUCAGUAGCCAUAGGUCAAGACUUUGAGAUGACGUUGGAGAUCCGACCACGGAGUUCAUCUGGCCUGAUAUUUCAAAUAGGGAGAAAAACACACUAUCUCAGGCUGUCUUCUGACAGCCAAAAGGUUACGCUGGCCGCAAAUACAGGAACAAAAGAGUUCUCCACUUCUGUGUCCCAGCCUUCCCUCUGCGAUGGCCAAUGGCAUACAAUCACAGUCAUCAAAGGAAGCAACAUGAUCCAACUGGAUGUGGAUACCAAAGCCAAUUACACAGUGGGUCCAAACGAAGUCCAAGAUACCUCGGAUAAAGAAAGCAUUCACCUUGGUGGAAUGCCAGAAGUCGCUUCACUGCCCCACCUGCGCCACCCUUCCUCGUUUGUGGGCUGCAUGAAGAAUUUGGUGAUCAACCGAAACCCAAUUGACAUCAGGCAAGCUGGCUCAACUAGGGGCUCUGUAGGGCUCAGCGGGUGCCCGACUGGGUAAACUGGAGCUUCCUGCCAGGUGUAAAAUCGGAGCCACAGAUGGGUUCGUCGGCCCUCCCAAAAUACGGCGGACGUCUUCGUGAUGCAUCUCCUUGCCGACAAAAACACAGAGGGUUUCAAUGAACACAAGUGUAUAUAGAGAGGAGCAGAGGAAGAGCUGUGGUGGGGUUCUCAGAGCUGUGCUCGUUAGCUAAUUUGUAAUAUAUUUGCACAUUUCAUUCAGUAUAUUGGCAGUAGGGUAUUUCAAACAAGGCACAUGGUGUGCGCUUUAUAAAAAUAUUUAUAAUGGGUGGUUAGGCGGCUAAGGUGCUCCCUUGCACGAGUGAGAGAAGUCACAGUGAUGCCUUAAGCAACAAUUUCAUCAAUAUACACAAGGACCAAAAUGUUUAAGCCUAGCUGUAUAGCGUGGAGCCCUUCGUGUUCUUAAGCUUGGUUGCGUUGUCUGAAGAUGUUUCUGCAAGCAAGCCAAGUUUGGAGAGCACCGAGGAUUCCAGUCCAACCCUCAGCUCUUCUCUUGAUAUCUUCGUAUACAUUUGAAAACUGCAGUUGUUCUAAUAAUUUUCCAGGGAUUAAAUUUUUCAAUGGGGUGAUGGCUGCAAGGGGGAAACAACCUGAUACACCACAACGGCACAUAUAUUCCCCCCCCCCCCGAGUAUUUGAAAAAUGGUUUUGUCUUCGCCAACUUCCCUAAAGGGAUCAAGGAAUGUAACGGACGUUCCUUAAUAAAUUAGGUUUGCACAUCGAGUGUGAUAUCAUUAACAUGGAUCUGGGGUACUUUGCAGUUCAGGGUUAUGAGAUCCUAGCCAGUCCGUGAUGACCGGCCAUACGGUGGUUUGCUUAAUAGCACCAAGAGUCUAGAUCUAGGAUUUAAGCGGAUUUUGUGACUCCAGGCAAAAACAGGGGUGCUUCCUUCAUGUUCGGUGCCGUUGCUGCAGCCUGCAUUUCAGUGACAUUACGGGAAAACAUAGGUUUUGCUUUAAAUAAGGAGGAACUUUCUGAGUGGACAAUCAACCAAUGGAACAGCUUGCUUUCCAAAGCUUCAUCACUUGAGACU